AUGGCACUUGCACAACGCCUCCUGCGAGACAUCGCAGAGCUCCAAUCCGACCCGUACCCAUUCAUCAAAUGGAUUCCACAUGAGGAUAACAUUCGCAAGGCGUGCCUGAUUCUCACACCAGAGAACCAAGUUCCCAUUCACCUCAGCGUCACCAUCCCUCUUGAGUUUCCCCUCCAGCCUCCGGCAAUCAAGUGUGACACGCGAAUCACUCAUCCCAAUGUCUUCGGCGACUACAUAUGUGCCACAAUUCUCAACACGGCUGAGGGUUACACGCCUGCAUACACACUGAAGGGAAUCGCCAUCCAAAUCCUGAGCUUCUUCACCAGUGAAAAUCUCGAACAGGACCAUGGUUUCCAAGUCGUCAAUCUCAAAUCAUACUCCGAGAGACACGGUUCUUCUACACGUCAGUAUAUUUGUUGGAGUCGUGAGUGUAAUUCGGGAAUGAGAGUCUCUCCAGUCAUAGUCCCUCGCCACAUUAACCAAAUGGACAUUGAUGAGCCUGUCACCACCGCUACUCCAACGUCAAACGAAGGUCAGGAUGCCACACCAAUCACUGAUCCCGCGACAAACGAAAGUCCCAUAGCGACACUCUCAGACGAGAUUCUCGUCAUGCUAUGCGAAUCCCUAGAAGAUGAGACCUUGGUCAAUUUCUCUCGCACGUGGAAUCGGAUUGGUGGGCCAUCUGGCCUAGUCUCAAAGUUCAACAUCGUGCGGAACCGCGAGCUGCAAUGUUUUGUUCUCAAGAAGCCAUUCCAACAGACACAACUCGGGGUCGGUGUAAGAGUCGACUUCCGAGGCAGGACAGGGACGAUCGCGAGCGAAUUCGACCUCAUCUCUAAGGAUGCUUUCUUCGUUCAUGGAGUCCGAAAAUCAGUUCAAGGAGUAGGUACUGCAUUGUGGAUGCCCCUCCCGCUAUCUCGGUCUCACUACUCUCGAGUACAGCAAUGCACCAUCAACUACCUGAGAGAGAUAGGAGAUGCCGCCCGAAUGGACAAUCCUUCUUCUGCAGAAGUCGUGUAUCACUUCAUGACAGACAUUAUCGUCAAAUUGAGCGAUACAACCGUUUCGAACUCACACCGCCAAGACCAAAAGACAACGCUGAAGCAUGCUUCCGAAAAGGCCAUUGAAUCUUACUUCCAUUUGUUCCACAUUCUCCUCUGUCUCGCAACAUGCGAUAAUUCUAUCGUACAAAAGGCGAACAGCAUGUUGGAGAAUUUUCUUGAUGGUCAGACUUCCAAAGUGCAUUGUCCCAACCUUAGCCACUUGCUCUUGGCCGUGCUCAUAUCAGAUGUCGACUUCACUCAAGAUCUACUGGUGGCGAUCAUCACAGAGACUAUCACUCGAAAUGUAGUCUGGAUGCUCGACAGGAAAGGGGCCGACAUGCCAGAGCUCGCUUAUCUCGAAACAGAUGCAGUUUGUGAUUAUCGCCUGUCCAGGACCUUCCAAGCAUCUGCGACAUCGUACCGUCUUCUAAUGUUCUUCAAUCUCUUCCGUCGAACAAUUGCAAGAGCUACAGGUCCAGAUCGAAAGUCUCUGACCGUGAUGUGUGAUGCAUUGUUUGAUGCUCAUGGGGCUCCUCCCUUUGGCGCUGCUGCUCAAUUGGCGGCGCAAGUGAAGGAUAUCCAAAAGGUCAACGACUUCUACGGUUUCCUCGAGAUCAUGGAUGUUGAACACAUGCCGACCAAACAAGAGAUGACAGAGCUCUUGAGAGACUGUGUUGAGGCCAGCAUGGAAUACGGUUACAGCGUCUGGGGUAUUAGUCAGACAGCCGCAAAACGCCUGAGAGAUGGUUAUGGAAGAAACUAUGCCGAAAUCCAUACUUUUUUCCGGGGAAGAUCUUCUGGUUGGCCCGCUAGCCAUGGAAAUGAUCCUCGCGGACAGGCCGGCGGACGUGGGCGUGGUAGUGAUCGAGGCCGAGGGCGUGGACGCAGAGGUGGAGGUGGCAACGUAAGAGGGGGCCGAGGUGCUAUCAGAGGUGGACGUGGUGGCGGAAGAGGACGAGGUUGA